AUGCAAACAAACAAUGUCUAUGAAGCUUUUGCUGAACAAGACGAAGCAGCAUACAUUGAUGCUUUUAAUACUCUAAUAAAAGAUUCUUAUUCAGCACCGCUUCCUCAAGACUUGUCAGCCACAUGUAAGAACCAGAAUCAAGCUACAGUGUCAACAGCUAAAUCAAUAACAACUUCAAUGUUAUCAUCUGAUUUACAAAUAUUUUGUGGUACGGAAACUAUAUGCACCAUACCAGCUGGCUUUACCGUUACAAUGAAUAGCAAUUUAAAUGUUGCUGCUUUAGUUUUGAGUGGUUCGUUAGUUUGGAAUGACAUCAGCCAAUCUUCAAGUGAUCAAUGGUUGUGUGCUGGUUACAUUGCUGUCAAUGGAGGCCAAUUCGACAUGAAUCUAACGAGUAAACAAGGUUAUAUUUAUAUUAAAAAUAAUGGUCUCAAGCAUCCAACAGUUUCUACUCGUGCCUUUGGUUCCUAUAAUGCCGGUAAAAUACAUGUUAGUGGUCGCUCUCUUGCUAGAACUUGGUCGUUACUAGCUAAUAGAGCUACAUAUGGUAUGACUUCAAUUAGUCUCUUACACAAACCUGAAGAUAUGGGUUGGAGAAUUGGUGAUAGAAUUGUUAUAGCUCCGACUAUGUCAAGCUCAAGUGGAAAUGCUGAAGAUUAUACGAUUGGAGGAUUCGAAGCUAAUAAUACUAUAAAAUUGCUUAAUAAAGACGGAACUUCUACUGGUUUUAUAUCGUCAUAUUUUAAGUCAACAACCCUGUUUACAGGCCAAAAUAUGUCUGCUCUCAUGCAAGCUGAAGUUAUUAACCUUGCACGUAAUAUUAUAAUUACUGGAGACGAUUUUCAGCAUGUUAAUUGUGUGGAUGAUGCUGCUGGCGGCAAACCACAGGAUCAUAUUCAAGCCGAUCACUGUUCAUGUUGGAAAUCUAUUAACCGAAAUAAAUGCACUCUUGGAUUGCAUACAAUUGCGAUUGGCCACGGUUCUGUUCUAUCUUUACAAUACACAAGGAUUGAGAAGUGUGGUCAACGUGGUAUUUUAGGAAAAUACUGUGUACAUUUACAUUUAAUUAGUAAAUGUCCUGAUUGCAAAAUUAUUGGUAAUGCUAUUGAGUAUGGUCAUCAAAGAGGUACUACCAUUCAUGGAACACAUUUGGCAACUAUAGAGAAUAAUGUUUAUAAUGAUAUUCGUGGUGCAACAAUAUAUGUUGAAGAUGGAAAUGAAAUGUAUAAUAGAAUAUUUUAUAAUGUUGGAAUAUGUCCUUGGGCAAAAUCCGGAGAAAAAAGGGGAUGUACUAUACCAGGCACAGACAAUGAUCAAGCUGAUACUACAUUAAAUCAAGCUGGUUUAUGGGGUUUGAGUUUUACUAACUAUGCUAUUGGAAAUCGUUUUGCUAAUAAUUAUAAUGGUAUGUUGUAUCAAGAGCAAGGAUUCGAUCGUGGUCGAGGUCACGUAAAUGGUUUAGAAUGUCCAAGUUUCCAGCAAAUUGGAAGAUUAGAAGGAAACACUUUUCAUGGUUGUGGAAGAUUUGGUACAUAUGUACUCGCAAGUGUAUUCCCAAAAAAAACCGACAGAUCGGUUGAUAAAAAUGGUUUACCAACUUUAAGCACAUGUAAAGAAUGGACUACAAAUGGUGAAGAUAAUGGAUUACCAGCGACAUUUAUGCAUAAUAUCGAUUAUGACAAUGUGUUUGUCGGCCAAUAUAGUACUGGUGAUUUACAGUAUCGAUUUCAUACAAGCAUUAACAACAACAAUUUGAUUUACUGGAAGGAAACAAAAAACUUUCAAGACGGUUGUUCCUCUCAUAUUGCUGAUUCGUUUUAUGACUCAGGCAAUUUGGCUUUGCCUGGUGGUCAUGGAACGUUUAUUUUGGAAAAUAUGAUUUUCAAUAAUCAAGUUAACUUUGAGUCAAGUCAUCAUUGUCAAAUUGGAGUAACUGGAGUACUUUGUAUGCCAACUUAUGUAUUUGUCAAUAUGAAAUGGACUGGUGUUACAUCUGAUGAAUUUUCAAUAUUAAAGUGGGGACCGAACAAUGGUGCCAUGUUUACACUUGGACCCGAUGAUGAGAAAAACUUAAAUGGGAAUAAAUUAUUUCCAGCUGGAUUUUGUUCUAUAGUCAAUCCAUAUUGGUCCUAUCUUUUAGCAUUGGAUAAUGGUGCAUCUUGUUUUAGUUUGAAUGAUGUUGCUAGUCUUUUAGGUCAAAAUACUGGUAAAUUUAUGAGAAAAUAUGAUGGUGGAGCUAUUUUAUGCAAAAGACCUGUUCGCCGACUUGAAAUAUUCUCAUUUAAUCAAAAUUCUGGAAACUCUCAAACGAUGCAGUUGGAACUUUGGCAAUUCGGUAAUCUCAUAAGUUCAGUUACUUUGAAAUUUUUUCAAAUUGGAGACAGAAAGCAAGGUUACAGUGCCACUGUUGUUCCUGGUUUGGAUCACAAAUAUAAAUUGUCAAUGACUGGUGGAGGAGAUGUGUCUUCUGAUUGGAUUAUUGAAUUUUCUGAUCCUAUCUUUGGAAAUCGUUGGAAGAGAGAUGAGAUUGAUUUAGUUGUUGCCGGUAGAAACUGUCCAUAUCCAGUUCACUCUCAGCACGAUCGAAGAUACAUUUGGUCUGGAGAUAAUUAUCUUACAGUAAAAGGAAGAGGAGCUUGUACGUCUUUUCCUGACAUGUCACCCGUUAACUGUAGAUCUCAACCACAAUUAAGUAAUGUUGAGCAUUGUCCUGACAAAUGCCCGAAUAGUUGUACAAAUGGAUACUGUGAUUGUGCAACAGGAGAGUGUUUGUGUAAUCCUGGAUUUUCUGGUUCAAAUUGUAAUAUUGACACUUGUGCUGCUGCUGGAUGUAUCAAUGGUAAUUGUGUUGCUCAAUAUCUUGGACAAAGUUUACCUGUUACAAAUAAACCAUGUGUUUGUAUGGAUGGUUGGUAUGGUGAUAGAUGUGAUACAACGACCCCACCACUUCCAGUUUCAGAUCCAGCGCCCUCGUGCUUUAACGGAUGUUAUUUCUUCACGGAUAGUGAUAUUGCCGGUGAACAGUUUGACGUUUCUCAAGCAGCAGAUCCAAAAUCUUGCUGUGCUGAGUGCAAUGCAAGGGCAGCCUGUAAUUCAUGGGUUUUUUUCUCUUUUCGUUGCUUUUUAAAAACAGGAACACAAAGAAUACAUAAACCUGGAGUUAUGUCAGGAAUUAAAUGUUCAGGUGGAACAGGUUCUAGUACCAUUGCAUCUGUUACGACAACACCUGUUAUGAUAGCACCUGUUACAACAGCACCUGUUACGAUAGCACCUGUUACGACAGCACCAAUAACAACCAACUGUGAUGGUAAAUGCCAAGGCCAAUAUCCGUAUGGUUGUAAUCCUAGCUUUCAAUAUGGAUAUUGUAACGCAGGAGGUGGAUGUAGCUAUUCUACAAUGAAUGAUCCUAAUUGGUGUUGCUUCAACGGUUGUAAUCAACAACCAUCUGGUACAAACCCACCAGCUUUGACAAAUCCGCCAACAGAUGCACCAAUAACAGUUACGGUAGCACCUGUAUCAACUUCCUGUGAUGGCAAAUGCCCUGGAGAAUUUCCUUAUGGUUGUAAUGCUGGUUUUCCUAUAGGAUACUGUGCUUCUUCGGGUGGAUGUAGCUAUUCUACAAUGAAUGAUCCUUAUUGGUGUUGUUUCAAAGGCUGUUGA